AUGUUGAAAAAUGUUCAAUUUUCCUUUUCCAAUAAUAAUAAUAACAACACCCCUCUGAGGUCCAAUCGGAGAGAAGGAAGCAAAUCCAAACUGACUCCGUCUUCAAAAUCCAACAUAUCAACAUUCUCUCCUCUCAACAACAGCCACUCUUCGCUGAAUCAAUCCUUUUCAACCUUGGAUGAUUCUCCAGUGAGUGCAAUUCUGCCAAAUGCACCUUCGUCGGAUGUCUUUCCUGAACCAUCGACAACAAUGAACACCAAUCAUCCAUACUCGUCAUCUCAUCAUAAUUUAUCCUCCUCGAGACGACGAUCUCAAAGUAUGCUCACUUCGAGCUCCAAUGUUGGAGGAAGUACUUUUUUAACAGAAUGUGAGAUUGCGCCCUCUGUCUCCAAUCUUCAUAGUGUAAAUAGCUCAUCAAAUCUUUUGGGAGUUGUAGAUAUCAAUCAAAUUACGUAUAAUAAGCAAAUUUUGUCCAUUGUGGAUGUGAAGGAAAUUGUAAAUGUUUUUAAUCGUUAUGUAAAAAGAGACAGUCGAAAAAUGGAAUUGUGGGAUUUGAGGAAAGUUCUUAAGGAAUUGGAAACUCCAUUCAAUGAGGAUGAGUUAUUUGAUUAUGUACAAAAAUUACAAAGUGAUGAAUAUGUCACCAUUCAAGAAUUAGUCAACCUCAUAGAAAAUCAAAAGAAGCAAGAUCGACCUGUUCAUGACAAUGAGACUGUGAGUGCCUUUGUUGCAAUGGGUGGAAAUUUUGAUCGAACAGGAGUCAUUAGUACGGAGAAACUGAAAGGUGCUGUCAUGGAAUUUGGUUUCACUGUGGACAUUGAAGGAAUUAUUCGAGAUGUGGACGAUGAUGGUAAUGGAACAGUAGAUUUUGAUGAAUUUUGCCAAAUGAUUAACAUGAAAGGAGCAGAGGAAGAAUUGGAUGACGAUGAAGAUGAAGAAAAGGAAGAGGAUAUCAUCAUUGACGACUCAACACCUCAAUUGACAACACCUAGUCCCAUCAAUGAAGAAAAAGGAGAAGAAGUUUGA